CUGAUUGUGUUUGAAAGUGGCUUCGUGUCAACUGUGAGAAUGCUUUAUUAGCCAAAACUAUUUCGUAGUAUCAUAUAUUGCGUUUAACACCGAGGAAAUGCCGGAUCUGUAUUUUUUUAGCGCCGCGGUGUCGGCGAUUAUUAUUUUAUUUAUCGCAUUUAUCGUGGUCGUGUUUCAGAGUAUUGUAUGGGUGUUUAUUGUGGCUGGCAUUUAUGUGAUUGCUAGUUUUUACGCGGUACAGAUAGCACACUUUAUUGAUGUUUUACUAAUCAAGUUCAAUAUUACAAAUGACAAGUUUAUCACGAGACAUGAGAUUAAGGAUUCAUGCAGCGUGUGCAGCAACAACACCUGCAAAAGGCAUAAAUUGCUGCCACAUUCAACCAAGGUCAAAGUGCCAAAAGACUUUGAUCAAGCAUUAGAACAACUUUUAGAGGAGGUACUGCAAAUUUAUGUCUGCACAUGGUAUUCAGAUUUUUCAGCAAAUGAGGCUUUCAUACAGCAAUUACGUUUAGCCAUAACAACAGUAGCAAAGAAUAUUGCCAUUCGAUUAUUACGUGCAGAUACAGCAGCCAUUGCUUUUGACGGUUUGAUUCCCUUAGCCAUACAGCAUGCUCGAGAUUGGAAUGUAUUGCUCAAAAUGUCCAAAUCUGACAUUAAAACACCCCAGGAUUAUAUCGGCAGUUACUUGAGCUCUAAGAUUCAUCCAGCUGCUUAUUCAAGAGAAGCUGAGUUGAAUUAUUUGCGGGGACUAGUAACUGCGUUGUUGCCACAUUUAUUACCUGCUAUACAUGUGUCAACAAAUAAUAAAGUAAUAUUACGGGAAAUUUUGGCAAAUUGGGUGCUAUUGCCAGCAAUUGAUGCACUUGCGGAUCCAGAAAACAUAAAUAUGCUAGUGACAUUAUCUACUCACCGUGACACUUCUCUAUCCAAUGCUGCAGAGACUGUUACGGUACCAAUGCUACAAUCCUGGGUGACAAUUCCAGCAAUGCACUCGCACAUCACAUACAAUUGCUUCAAACCAUCUCUGAAUGAAGUAUUAAAUGAUCCCGAACUGUUAUAUAUGUUUAUGCAACAUAUUAAAGAGACAGGACCUAUGAAUCUUCUCCAAUUUUGCUUAGAUAUUGAUGAUCUUAGUAAACGUAUGUUAAAUCCGGAAAUGUCAACUAGCGCUGAAAAAAGCUUGUACAUAGAUGUUCGAAACAUGUAUAUGAUGUAUCUUGAUCCUGAUGGUCCAGAAUAUUUAUAUCUACCUUUACAUAUAUCGAAAGGCAUACAACAAAUAUUGGAAGGUGGAUCAGAAAAAAUUCAAGAACUACGGACGUCACGACCUUUCUAUCAAGCUCAUCAAGAAGCACAUGCACUUCUGGAAAGUACUUGUCUACCAUCAUUCCAUCAUAGCUAUCAAUUAUAUAAACGCUUGUGCGGCCAUUUAGUGUCCGAACAAGUAAAAGCUGCAAUAGCUAAUAGUACGAGUGGAAGUACAUCUACUCCCAUGCGAUUCAAUAAUCAACCGAGCAAGAUCGAUGGUGUUUUACGGACAUCUACGAUUGACGGUACCCCAUUUCAACUCCAAGAUGCCUACCCAGUCGAAGAAGUAGAUUGCACGGCUCGAGCAUAUAAUGAGAUGAAAGGUUUCGGUGAUAAGAGUCAUCGUGAUUUAACAACGUGGCGAGUUGCUGUUCCACACGUGGACGGUGGUGGUACACAACCGGUGUAUAUGAUUGCUAUUCAUAGUGUGGCAGAGGCUAAAUCAUGGACGGUCUUGCGACAAGAUCAAGAUUUUUAUACGCUACGGACACGUCUUGCCGAGUUCCAUGGCGAUAAGGAGUUAAAUGACUCGCCAUUACCAUCGCGCAAGAACCCGCACUUAUCCCUCGCAGCUAAUCGUCAGCGUUACGAAGAAUUUCUACAGAAAUUACUGUCUAAACCGAUGCUGAGAAGCAGCGAGCUCCUUUAUACUUUCCUCACGACUCCGAAUUUAAAACCGUAUUUCGCGAACUACAGCACGCCUGACAUUGGCAUCCUUUACCAGAACAUGGCUUAUAAAUUGCGGAAGGAGAAAGGACAGCAUCUCGAUAAGUUCAUGAAUAUCUUUUUAGCAUCUACAAAUACAAAGUACGAGCACAUGGAUAUGGGUGUCGAACCAUCAAGCGAGCAUCUCGGCGAGACAGAAAGUAAAGGCAGAAAACUGAUAGAGGAUGUGUUCGGCAAUAAUUUGAACCUAUCAGUUGCUUUUCAAGAUUUGCCGUGCAGCCUAUCGCAGCGCAAUCACGUGAAAGGUGCAAGCUUAUGCAUCGUAGAAGCUCUUGAUGGUCUACUGAGCAUACCUUCGAUUAUUUCACGACUCUUUUGGAUAUUUGCCUUCUUAUCACGUAAAAGAGUAGACCUUAUUGUGAACACAAUGUUCUAUAAUAUCCUAGUCAAGCUUCUAAGUGGUGGUCGCGCCUCCAUCGUCGUCAAAUUAUUACAUGCAAAAAUAGUAGGCAAAAAUUACAUGAAGGACUUUCCCUCGCAAGGAAAAUGUCGAGAUUAUUACGAAACGGCAAGAGAAGGAUUGCAUUCCUUGUGGCGAUUAAUAGGAUUCUCCAAACCUUGGAACAAUUUAAUGGAUUCUCUUUUAGAUCCUUUACAAAAUGCGCCAUUCAAUAAGCAUCUAGCAUACUUUUUGCUAGAUCAUGUCCUAAUAAAUCUUUUUCCAGAAGUGACUACAUAAUGUUACGGUUUUUUUUUAAGAUUGUAAAAACAAACAAUUGUAUAUAUCGUAAUUCUAUAAAGCUACUUAUACAUAUUUAAAUAUAUCUUCUUGUACAUGUA